AUGAAUAGUAUUUGUGGAUACAUACACAAUGAAGAAGGUCAAGACAGGCUGACUGUCUAUCUGUACCUCGCACCCAUUUUGUCGCGGUUUCAGAACGGCCAACAGAUCCAGACCCUGGAAUUUGGAACUGGACCCAGUGACACAACCAAGGGCAAUGUUAGUGCCCUUGUUCCAUUGGAGAGUCUCACAGAUACGUUCACUGGCAUCACAUUGUCGCUAAUGGCUACGACCCGCCCAAACUUCAGUCGUCAAUUUCGGCGCUUCGCUGUCUCGGACACUGAGAAAGACCCGGGAUCUGAAAUGCUGCGAGCUUACGAUACACACCCGCGAUCCGACCCACGACGCACAUUCGGAAGAUGUUGCAACCGGAUGUGGUUCUUUGCCCGGUAG